AUGAAGACGAACUGGACCUAUCUGAAAUGGUAUUUCACCAGCAGAGAAGGUUGGCUUGGCGACUAUGACUACCUGUACCUCGUCACCCCAAACGUAUGGCCGCUGAACCGGAAAUACAAGGGAUACAAGGCCCCUUUCUACGGCCUCAACGAUGACGUACCGAUUCUCCUUACCAUUAUCCUCGGACUCCAGCAUGCGCUGUGUAUGAUUGGUUCUAUAGUAUCUCCCCCACUAGCGAUUGCGGGCGGCGCCUUUUACUUCGAUUCAGCGACGACACAAUACCUGGUCUCGGCAGCCUUCAUCACGACUGGCAUAGCGACUGCUUUACAAGUAACGAGGGUCCACUUGAUGAAGACGCCGUUCUUCAUCGGUACCGGCCUUCUGUCUGUGGUUGGACCGACUUUCGAUAUUUUACCCAUCGCCUUCAACUACACCAGCAUGCGGUAUGCCAACGGUACUUGCCCGACAGCUGAAGAUGGGACUCAGUUGCCUUGUCCAGAUGCAUGGGGCGCAAUACUUGGUAGUAUUCUUUGUACCGUCUGGGUGCAAAUUGCCAUGAGCUUUGUACCACCCAAGACGCUGAACAAAGUGUUUCCGAAGGUUGUCACGGGUAGUUUGCUCUUGCUUGUGGGCGUGUAUCUUGUGAGCAAUGGUAUGGAAAACUGGGGAGGGAGCAGCAACUGUCAUGACGGCGAAGGCUUCUACGCGCUCUGCCCCGACACAGCGGCUCCUAGACCAUUGCCUUGGGGUCACCCAAAGUUGAUCGGCCUGGGGUUCACCGUGUUCGUAUCCAUCGUCUUGGUGGAGCAGUUCGGGGCGCCCUUGAUGAAAUCGGCCAGCGUCAUCAUCGGUCUCUUCGUGGGCUGUUUAGUGAGCGGCUUGACGGGGUACUGGUCCAUGUCGAACAUCCAGGCAGCCCCCGCUGUGACAUUCUUAUGGGUGAACACAUUUCACCUAUCUGUGGAUGGUGCCUUGAUCUUGCCAUUGUUGAUCAUGUUCGUCUGUGAGGCGGUGUCUUGCAUGCCUGAUAUCCUCGCCACAGCCGAGAUCAGCAACGUGGAUAUUGAGGGGACCGAGUUCAACUCGCGAGUCCAAGGUGGGAUCCUGUGUGAUGGAAUUGGUAGUUUUAUAAGUGCCCUUGGAACAGGUCCGCCAAUGGUCAGCCAAGCUGGGAAUAAUGGAGUGAUAAGUCUCACUGGCUGCGCUUCUCGACGAGCAGGCUGGUGCGCCGCAGCUUUCCUGGUUCUCAUGGGAGUCUUUGGGAAAUUCGGGGCUGUUUUUGGCUCGAUGCCCCCAUCUGUACUUGGUGGAAUGCAGGUCUUUCUCUACUCAACCAUUGCAGUGGCCGGCCUCAGGGUCCUCUCGUUGGUGAGAUAUACCAGGCGGAAUCGGUUCAUACUAACCGUUGCACUGGGUAUCGGCUUCGUCGACAUCGUACAGCCUACUUGGUUUGACCAGAUGUUGACCUACUCUGGAAAUAAUGUCGCCCUUUCUGGUUUCGAGCAAGGCAUCAACCUCAUAGUCGAGACUCCUUUCAUUAUUGCCGCAGUCGUUGGGGUCGUUUUGAACCUGGUGCUUCCUAACGAUGCAAGUCAAAUGGAUGACAUGAUUCUAGAUCAGGCGGGCCAUCCCAUCAUGGGGAAAGACGAUUAA